GCCCUACGGCAGCUGUGGGGCAGAGGUGUGGGGCAGAGCUGUGGGGCAGAGGUGUGGGGCAGAGGUGUGGGGCGGCCCCACAAUGAGCGUGGCUGUGGAUCCUUGGGAUCUGGGGGUCCUGGGGGGGUAUUUCGUCUGCGUCUUCGCUGUGGGAUUGUGGUCCCUCAGGCGCAGCACCCGCAGCUCCAUCAGCGGAUAUUUCCUGGCCGGGAGGAGAAUGGGAUGGGCGGCAGUCGGCUCGUCGCUCUUCGCCUCCAACAUCGGUUCCGGCCAUUUUGUCGGCCUGGCCGGGACGGCGGCGGCCAACGGCAUCGCGGUCGGGGGAUUCGAGUGGCACGCGAUGUUUAUGGUGCUGCUGCUGGGUUGGAUCUUCGUCCCCAUCUACAUCAGGGCUGGGGUCACCACGAUGCCCCAAUACCUGCGCAAACGCUUUGGCGGCGCCCGCAUCCAAAUCUGCCUCUCGCUGCUGUCGCUGCUGCUCUACGUCACCACCAAGAUCUCCGUGGAUCUGUUCUCGGGCGCCGUGUUCCUGCAGGCGGCGCUGGGCCUGGAGCUGUACGGAGCCGUGGGGGCGCUGCUGGGGGUCACCGCCGUGUACACCAUCACUGGCGGGCUGACAGCCCUGAUGUACGCUGACAUGGUGCAGAGCGCCGUCAUGGUGGGCGGAGCCUCCGUGCUGGCGGGAUACGGUUCGUACUGGUCCAUACUGGUCCAUACUGGUCCUUACUGGUCCAUACUGGUCCAUACUGGUCCUUACUGGUCCUUACUGGUCCAUACUGGUCCAUACUGGUCCUUACUGGUCCUUACUGGUCCAUACUGGUCCUUACUGGUCCUUACUGGCCCUUACUGGUCCAUGCUGGUCCAUACUGGUCCAUACUGGUCCAUACUGGUCCAUACUGGUCCUUACUGGUCCAUGCUGGUCCAUACUGGUCCAUACUGGUCCUUACUGGUCCAUGCUGGUCCAUACUGGUCCAUACUGGUCCUUACUGAUCCAUACUGGUCCAUACUGGUCCAUGCUGGUCCGUACUGGUCCAUACUGGUCCAUACUGGUCCUUACUGGUCCUUACUGGUCCUUACUGGUCCAUACUGGUCCAUACUGGUCCAUACUGGUCCAU